GUAGAAUUCCGGGUUCCGGGUCGGGAUCUUGCGAUACUCGCAAAAUCGUAUCACUUAUCGAGCAAUGGCAGCGGUACUUGGACGUGUUAUUGUGUACGGGGGUAAAGGUGCCCUCGGCACGGCUUGCGUAUCGCAAUUCAAAUCGCAAAAUUGGUGGGUUGGCUCUAUUGAUAUGAAACCAAAUGAACAAGCAGAUGCAAAUAUAAUCGUAAAUCUAGACAAUAAUUGGCAACAACAGCAAACGGAGAUUCUGACUCAAAUUAAAGAUACAUUGAAAGAUGAAAAAGUUGAUGGUAUUAUUUGCGUAGCUGGGGGAUGGGCUGGAGGUAAUGCGGCUCAUAAAGAUUUUGUGAAAAAUAGUGAUUUAAUGUGGAAACAAAGUGUUUGGAGUUCCGUUAUAGCUGCUAGCAUUGCAGCUGAAUAUUUGAAAGAGGGAGGAUUCCUUUCUUUGACUGGCGCUAAGGCGGCAUUAGCAGAAACUCCAGGCAUGAUUGGCUACGGUAUGGCAAAGGCAGCGAUUCAUCAAUUGACGAAAUCCUUGGCAGCUAAAGAUAGCGGUCUUCCUUUCAACAGCUUGGUAGCUUGCAUACUACCAGUUACCUUAGAUACGCCAAUGAACAGGAAAUGGAUGCCUAAAGCCGAUACAAGCACGUGGACUCCGCUUGAAUUUAUAGCAAACUUGUUCUGGAAAUGGUCCCAAAAUCAAGAUCGACCUGCUAAUGGUUCUCUUCUGCAACUUAUUACAAAGGAUAAUAAAACGGAACUGAUUGCUGAUUAAAAACAUCAAACAAAUAAAACUUAUGGGAACAAAAA